CAGACCUCACUUACUCUCCGGAGAUUCCCGAGUCUUUCCGGAGGUUACCGAGCUGACAGCGGCGGUUCUCCGAACUUUGCCGAAGUCGGCCGGUCAGACCGCGCCGGGGCAACGGCAGCUGGAAUCGUUCCUAAUCGAUCAUUCUCCGGUUACACCGACUAACCGACGGUAAACUGAAAGAGUUAUUGGUCAGCGUCAGAAACUGCCAACAUGAGGGAAGAUGUGAGGAUUCUGCUGGUGGGAGAACCUAAAGUUGGCAAGACGUCGUUGAUCAUGUCCCUGGUAAGCGAGGAGUUUCCAGAGGAGGUGCCAGCACGUGCUGAGGAGAUCACCAUCCCUGCAGAUGUCACUCCGGAGAGAAUUCCAACUCACAUCAUCGACUAUUCAGCUUCAGAGCAGACAGAUGAUGAGCUCCAGGAUGAGAUUAACCGGGCAAAUGUGGUUUGCGUUGUGUAUGACGUAAAUAAAGAGAGCACCAUUGAAAAGAUCCAAAGUAAAUGGAUUCCAUUGGUAAAUGGAAGCACUGAACAGGGCAACAGAAUUCCAGUAAUCCUGGUAGGUAACAAAUCAGACCUACAAGGAACCAGUUCCAUGGAAACAAUUCUGCCUAUCAUGAACCAGUUCAUGGAAAUUGAAACCUGUGUGGAGUGUUCUGCUAAGAAUCUAAAGAAUAUUUCAGAGCUGUUCUUCUAUGCACAGAAGGCUGUCCUGCACCCAACUGCACCUCUAUAUAGCCCAGAAGAUAAACAGCUGAAACCAUUAUGUGUUCAAGCCCUGACUCGGAUCUUCCACAUUUCUGAUCAGGACAAUGACGGAAUUCUCAAUGACACAGAGAUGAGCUUCUUUCAGAAAUACUGUUUCAGGAACCCCUUAUCACCUCAAGCUUUGGAAGAUGUUAAAACUGUGGUCUGGAAAAAUACACCUGAUGGAAUCAUGGAUGACGGGCUGACAUUAAGUGGUUUCCUGUUCUUAAACAUGUUGUUUAUCCAGCGAGGAAGACAUGAAACCACUUGGACUGUUCUACGGAAGUUUGGCUACGACGAUAACUUGGAAAUGACCGACGACUAUCUGCACCCUCAGUUGCGAGUUCCUUACCAAUGUACAACUGAGUUGAAUUAUUGCACCUACAUGUUCCUGCAACAAAUCUUUGAGAAAUAUGAUGUAGAUAAUGAUGGUGUUCUGUCUCCAAUUGAACUGAAGAACUUAUUUAGUGUGUAUCCUUAUUUUCCCUGGGGCCCCGAAGUAUUUAAUACAGUGUGCACGGACGAGAGGGGCUGGAUCUCUCUUCAUGGCUACCUAUGUUAUUGGACGUUCAUAGCUUACCUGGAUGUCCAUCGCUGUAUGGAGUAUUUAGGAUAUAUGGGAUAUACCACCAUCAUGGAGCAAGAAUCCCAAACUGCAGCCAUCACAGUGACUCGGAGUAAGAAGCUGGAUUUGGAGAAAGGACAGACUCAAAGGAAUGUGUUUCUUUGUAAAGUAAUCGGACCAAAGGGCACUGGGAAAACUGCAUUUCUGCAGGCCUUUUUGGGGCGGAGCUUGAAGAUGCAGAACGAGAUGGGCAGGGAUGUCUCUGAUUUCACAAUCAACACCGUGCAAAUCAACAAUCAGGACAAGUAUCUAAUACUGCAUGAGGUGGAUGUUGAUACUGAGUUCCUGAAAGCCUCCUGUGCCACCUGUGAUGUUGCCUGUCUGAUGUAUGAUAUCACUGAUGCCAAAUCUUUCAACUACUGUGCCAGUAUUUACAAGGAACACUACAUGGAGAGCCGAAUCCCCUGCAUCUUUGUGGCAUCAAAGGCUGAUUUGCCAGAACAAAAGCAGGAACAUGGGAUCACGCCCGUGGAAUUCUGCUACAAACACAGACUCCUGGCCCCGUUUCAUUUCAGCUGCAACAGUGACGAAGCAACAACCUCUCCGAUCUACUCGAGGCUUGCACUUGCUGCAGCGUUCCCUGAUCUGAAUGAGGCAGAACUCAGCAUCACGUCCUUCUGGCUACGUAUUACAUUUGGAGCCACCAUCAUUGCAUUCUUGGGACUCGGCAUCUAUAAAGCACUUGCCAGGCAGAAAUAACAACAGGAGACAGCGGAUCAGCAUGAAGGGGACAGUGUCCAAAAGGUGGAGCUGAGCAAAGAUAGGGGAACGUGCACUUAUCUGCCAUCCUGUCGGAUUUUAUUCAAAGCAAUCUUUGGGAUUUGGGUAGGGAUGUAGGGAGAGAAGCCAUUAGCUUUAAUGGUGGAAGAACUGAAUAAACAGCUUCGGGUGCCCAAGUAUUUUGACAAGACAUGUAGGAAUAGGCUUUCUUAUCUUUGAUGGUAAGAAAAUCUGCUUGAAGAGACACCUGACCAGAUGCGCUGUGAAAAGGUAUCUGUACUCACUCCCCAUUUGGCAGCUAAUGUCAGUGUGUUAGCUUUGCACUUUGCCCUUUUCAAUAUUUGGUGAACACGUCUUGUUUUUUUAAGGGCAUAUUUCCCCUCUGGUCUACCAGCGAAAUCUACCAAUAGAGCCCAGGGUUAUACUGCCAGUGGCACGUUUUUCUGGUGACCUAUUUUAGUGUGAGAUUCUGAACAUGUUUUUGACGGUAAAGUAAAAUCCCUUUGUUCUAGGAAAUUAUCUAAAAGCUUUUGGGCAAAUGAAAGCAAGGGUACGUUGCUGCGAUCUGACAACUGUUUUUCUCAAUAUUCUUAUACCUGGAAUUUGCAAUUCAGGUGUUUUGAUGUAUUUUUUCAUUUUGAGGAAAAAAAAUACACCAAGUUGUUUUAUCAUACUUUUUGACAUUGUUGAUGCAGAGGUCAUAACCUUCUGUUGUUUCUGCAGGUUUUUGCUCAGUAAUGGAAAUCUGGAUUCUGUGAAGGCCUGUGUUUUGGUUUGAUGGGUGCAUAUGUCUGUGUACAAAAGAUAUCUAUAUAUCCAUAACCAAACCAUUUCUGAAGUGGCACCAAAAUCUCUUUUAUAAUUUUGAUUUUCAUAUUCUUUGUGUGAAACUUAUCUCUGGAGAAGUAGGCAAAGAUUAUAAGACAAACUUAAUCAUCAGGAAAGUUAUGCACAAACUGUUUUAAUGCCUGCAGCAUACUACUGCUUAAGAGUAACAACAUUUCAAAAAACUAAUUUGAGUAUUAUCUGCCUUGAAAUGUCCUGACAAUGCAACUGUUUGUUUAAUUAUUUGUUUUCAGUAUUAAUCAGUGGCCUUUCCUGAAUCCCAUUCAUAUCGGUAUUUCUUUUCCACAUUUCAUAUUUCCUUGUUGUAAUUCUCAAAUGUAAUUCCUGUUCUGAGGGACAUUGUUUGGAACAGGAGGAGGCCAUUCAUUGCCUCUGGCCUGUUCCAGAACUCAGUCAGAAUAUUGCUGAUCUGCAUCUCAACCUCGUCCACCUACCUUUGCUUCAAAAUCACUCAGUUAUUAGUUUUGUUAUUAUGUCACUUGUACGGAUGACCUUUCCUAUGUUCUUAUUAUUGGUCACAGGCCUGCCUGAUCAACUUUGAGGUUCACUGUAACUGGAUCAUACUGUAGUGAGAGUUAGUGUCAAGAGUUCCUUUUUAUUUAAGUUUUCUUAAAAGCAGUACCCCAUGUUUAACUAUAGUAUGUAAAAGUGUAACCAAAUAGUCAAAGAUGAUGCACAGAGAGAACUUCAGGGAUUCAACUCACUUUUAUCUAUCAUCUUCUCCCCAUCUUCCUGCCCCUUUUAAGGGGCAAAGUGGUCAUUAACUCAUCAGCUCUGGAAUGUCCAAACUUUGCGAAAUGAUGUUUGAGCUUUGUAAAAUGAGGGAAACAAAUGCUGGUGAAUGUGACAUACUGCUAUUUCACAUGCUUGUUUACAGUAUGUAAGAAUCAGGAGCUAGAGUAGAUCAUUCAGUCACUUAAGCCUUCUGAACUAUUUAGUGAUUAUGUGUGAUACUUUACCUCAUAGCUAUGUUUGCUUUCUUUCUCCAGCUCAAACCUCUUCUCAAUCUCAGUCUUAAAAUAUAGUCAUCAACUGAGCAUCCUGUAGGCUACAGAAUUCUUAAGAAUUGUAGCUUAGCUCUUUGAAUGAAGAAAUUUAUCCUCAUCUGUCCUAAAUGGCCAAUCACUUCUGAGACUGAUCCUUAUUUUUACACACACUCAGCAACUUCCAUGUCAAGCCCUCUGUUGUGCCACCAAUGUGCCUUAGCCUGAACAUGGGAAAAGCAACCUUUCAAAUUUUGUUUUUACAGAGCAGCAUCUGUCAGUCAGAGUCUCUGCCUCCAUUAAAAACUGCUCUGACAUUUUAUUAAAAGUGACCUUUUCUUGAGAUAUGGUGAGUAGUCUGGUAGAUAUAUACAUUUUGUAGAUGCUAUGACACAUGUCUGGUGCUGGUGGGACUUAAACCCGGACAUUCUGGCUCAGAGGUACAGGCACUACUACUGUGCUACAAGACCCUUAAGCAAUCUCUGUAUGUUUGCUCAUUUAACAUAUAGUGUCAUCCUGCCAAUAUCCUAGUUCACUUGCAAAGUCAGAAAUACCUUGGGAUGUUGCAGUAAGAUUCCAGCGCUGUACUCCGAAAUGGCAUCGCAAACAGCAUCAAGAUGUUAUUAUGCUGACAUCGUCCAAAUAUGACUCAUGUGAAGCCUAAAUACUAGCAUAAACCAGUUUGUCUGAACGUUGCUAUAGUACUGUAAAUUCUAAGUCUAAGGGAUGUUUUCAGCCUGGAUUUCUUUGUUGGGAAGAAAUUAAAUCGAGUCUGUGGGAUUUAAGGCAAGGCAGGACUGGUGAUGCUGAGGAGAAGCUAUCACUUCAGUUUGUAUAAACAGAGUACACUCCGGCUUCACCAUUUAUUUGGGCACUGAAAAUGUCUUGCAGACUUCGAAUAGCAAAAUCGCUCAGAACUAUACUUAAAUACCAAAAUACUCUUGGGUUGUUCCAGUGCUCAUUUCAAUUCUACUGGCGUUCUAUGUGUCAGCUUUGAAAAAGGAUUGUAUUUGUUGGACAAGGUUAGAUUUGGGCAAUGUCCUCUGAACAAUGGAUCUGAAAUCCAGCUCUCACUAGUGUUACACCUUUUUAUGUACAAAAGUGAAGUGAGAUAUACGAUUCAACACAGUAGGAAGCCAUUUAGCCCAUUGUGCUUGUUCUUAGGGCUACCCCACCCCCACCACUCUCCCAUAUUGCUUUCUCAGAGUUCGGCAAUUUCUUGUUCUCUGAAAUGCUGCCUAUUUUCUGCUUCUUCCUCCUGCUUAUUUUUGCUACAUUCAUUUUCAGUGGAUCCAAAGAAUCCACUUACUUGGCAGGUGGCUUGUCAAACCAGGUAAUUGUAGUUCCAAACUCCAGUACUGUUCCAAUUCUUUUGGCUGGAAUUGUAGAAUCAUUUCUUCAUAACUGCCAUUGUACAUUGCUGCACUUGUACACAGACAUGGACUCAUUCCUGCAAUACCAAACCCUUUAGCCACCACAUUUGUGUUCGGUUUACGACGUAUGUGGUGAAAAAUGCACUGUGAAUACACUCUGCUGUGCAAUUAUAAAGAAAUGUGACUUGAUUGAAGUGUCAGUUGGUAUUUCUCUGAAUCCACAGCUGUAGAAUUAUCCAGAAUGAGUGUCUAAGAAAACAUCACUCCAAAAAUCAAGCCCUCCUCCUUCAGCCUUCCCAUCAUUCAACUCAAUGUGAAAUGUGAGUUUUCAUGUGCACUUAGUGUGUUGAUAUAUAUAUAUGUGUGUGAGAGAGAGAGAGAGAGAGAAUGGUCUUGUGGUCACCAUUACAUGAUCCAUCAUUUGAAUGGUUGUGACCAAUAUCAGCUUCCGAUGAGAUUUUGCUGCUGCCUCUUUCUCUUGAAGCCACAUUUUACUUUCUGAUUGAAACAUGGUUUUUAUUUGUUCAUUUCUCCUCUGAUGGCGGAUGCUUGUCACUGGGUACCAGUUGUCUCAUAGUACCUUUGCCAAAUGAUCUUGAUUAAAGGUGGCAGAUUAUUUGGCUCCAAUGGGAAGGCAGGUAAGAACUGUUGUUAUUCAUUACCACUGGAGCCCCUUUUCCCUAACCUAGCCAUUGUCUGAGCUCUCAGGACAAUUAUUGGUCCCUAAUUGCUUCUCUUAGUAUAAAUCAGUUACCUCACACGGGCCCAGGAAUUGAACCUGACACUGUCCCAAUUUGUCUCACUCAACCAAAUUGCCAAGCUAUUAGCAUUCACAAUUUUUCUGUUGUGUGAUUGUAGCCAUCCAUUGCUUAAUUUAUAUUACAGUUCUCAACUUUCACAGUAGGAAGCGAGAGCAGAGUAGUAUUUAAAAGGACAUAGACAGUUAAACAAUCAUAUCCUCCAAUUGGUGAGCUUGGUAACUGUGGAACUGGAAUUUACUUUGCUCCUGUUUAACUACAAGUUGUCAGGUAGUAAAAUUCUUUUUGAGUCAUUAAAUAGGAAAUGUUAUUUCUUUGUGAUUUUUAAAUGACAGAUUUUCUGUACCUGUCCUUCCAUGAAAAGAUAAAUAUAUUUUCAGAUUUUACAAUUUUUACAUUGUGUCAGACUAUAUUUCUACGUGAGUAUUUUGAAUAAUGCAAAUGAAUUUCAAGCUCUAGAUGAAAGCAAAUUACUGUGGAUGCUGGAAUCUGAAGCCAAAAGAGAAAACAGUUAAACAGAUGGUGCCAGACCUGCUGCGAUUUUCCAGCAUUUUCUCUUUUGGUUUCAAGCUCUAGAUGGUUUAAUACAAUAUUAUUGAGCGUGUGAGAGCCACUGACCAUGUGAACGAAUCGCAAAUCAAGAUGUCAUGGUUUGCAUUUCAUAUCAAUGAGUAAUGAAUCAGCAAUAGAUACUAUUGUGGGACAUGUAACCUCAGGCUUCAUUGAUGAAGCAUACCCUGUCAACCUUGACACGUCUGUAUUUAUUGGUAAAAUUGAAAGAUGAAAUCAGUACUUUUUGAAUAUUGAGAUUGGUUUAUUUUCCUUGGACACAAAAGUAGUAGAUUUUAAGUAAAUAUAUAUGUGAAAUAUUUUUAUUUGUAUUGUGUAAACAUUAUCCCUUUGCCUUAAUUCUCCAUGACAAAGGUUAGUGUGAAGGGUUAAACAUCUUUUGAUGUUGGGUGCUAACUGUAAUCAUGCAGUAAAAAGUCGGGGUAAAGUGGCAAAUAGUUCUGAUAUUUGUGCCAAAAUUGCAGGGCCAUUGCACAUCUUGAAGUUUUGACAUUCAAUUUAAAUUAAACAUUUAACUACUGACUAAUGGCACACCUAAGCAAGGUAGGUGCCAUCAGAAGUAUGUACCCUAAUUAUUAAGUGAUUAUGUUUCUCAGAGCACAGCCUGUGGACAAACUCAUGAAUAAACUGAGUUUAAUAUCCUUCUCCAUCCCUGCUGACUUAAUUGAAACUAGAUACAUACAUGAGGAAAGAUUGAGAAGAUAACGUUUUUUUUUAGGUGUGUGGGAGUCUUGUGCGGACCAUAACUGCUGUAUUGAAUCAGUUGGGCAGAAUGGCCUGUUUCUGUGCUGUAUGAUCCAUGAAGUUUUAUGGAAUAGAAUCUGUGUUGUCUUUUAUUAAAUAUGCACACCUUCCAGCAGGAGCCCAGGAGGAGAGAUUUGGUGGGAAGACUGACCUCUUCAGAUCAAUGGGUCCCAGGACAAAUUGUGAAGACUCUCCUAACCCUGGCUCAGAUUUGUGAAGUCUUCACUGAGAAGUAAUUUAUUAAAUCGGCGCUGCUAUUUCUGUUGUUUAUGCUAACUCUACUUCUAAACUUAAGUUUCCUGCUCUCUAAUCCAAACCACCGGUUUAGUUUUUGGGAGGGAUGGAGGUGGGGGUAACAUGUAGGAUGCUGGUGAAAAAAAGAUGUUGAUAGUUCACAUUAAGUGAUCGGAAUGUGAGAAUAAUCUGAAUUAUAAACAUCUUUUCUCCACCAGCACCUGACACCUACUAUCUCCAUACCAUUCACCCCAAACUAUAUCAUAAAUGCUGUUCCAUCCACACUUCCCUUCAACUCUGAACAGUCAUCCAGAUUCAAAAAGUUAACUUGCUUGCUCUCCAUAGAUGCUGUCUGACCUGCUGUGAUCUCUAGCAUUUGAUGUUUUCAGAGUAAAUGGAGAAGCUACAUUUAUAUCCCAUGUGCACAUGUACACCUGUUGAGUUGGUAGAUAAUCCUUUUAAAAAUUCCUUUGCAGCUGAGAUUAGUUUCUUUUUUAUUGUGGGCAUUGCUAGUUGGGUCCACACUUAUUGCCCCUCGCAGCUGCUUUCUUGGACCACUGCAGUCCAUUUGGUAUAAGUACACAGUGCCUCAGUGGUUAGCACUGCUGCCU